CUUCUCUGAUAGAGAAUACAGGAAGAUAUGCUGUGCACAACAACCAGUGUCAGAGACCUCAUGGCUCCCCGGUAAAGAAGAAGAUGUACCCACAAGAAGCCUCUGAGGAGCCUCCAGCUCACAAGGACAGAGGAGAUGGAGAGAGGCCGGUCGACGCGAGGGUGGUGCAGGUGGCCCCUCUGAGGUUUGGCUCUGCUCUUUGUUGGGGUGCUGUACAAGACAUCUCUGAAGAAGACACUGUAUACGACAUCUGUAAUGAGGAUGCUGUAGACAUCUCUGAUGAGGACACUGUAGAUAUCUCUAAUGAGGCUCCUGUACAUGACAUCUCUAAUGAGGCUGCUGUAUGUGACAUCUCUAAGGAUGCUGUAAACAUCUCUGAGGCUGCUGUACGUGACAUCUCUAAUGACGCUGUAGACAUCUGUAAUGAGGCUGUUGUACAUGACAUCUCUAAUGAGGACACUAUAGAAGACAUCUCUUAUGAGGACACUGUAUACGACAUCACUAAUGAGGAUGCUGUACGAUACAUCUGUAAAAAAGAAGAUGCUACCAAGGAGCCAUUGACACUGGAGAACGAUUUGAUUGUGGAGAGCAUAUCUGAUGAUGAGGAUUUUGCAGCUCCUUGUGGGAGUGCUGUACAAGACAUCUCUGAAGAAGACACUGUAUAUGACAUCUGUAAUGACGCUGUAGACAUCUCUGAUGAGGACACUGUAGAUAUCUCUAAUGAGGCUCCUGUACAUGACAUCUCUAAUGAGGCUGCUGUAUGUGACAUCUCUAAGGAUGCUGUAAACAUCUCUGAGGCUGCUGUACGUGACAUCUCUAAUGACGCUGUAGACAUCUGUAAUGAGGCUGUUGUACAUGACAUCUCUAAUGAGGACACUAUAGAAGACAUCUCUUAUGAGGACACUGUAUACGACAUCACUAAUGAGGAUGCUGUACGAUACAUCUGUAAAAAAGAAGAUGCUACCAAGGAGCCAUUGACACUGGAGAACGAUUUGAUUGUGGAGAGCAUAUCUGAUGAUGAGGAUUUUGCAGCUCCUUGUGGGAGUGCUGUACAAGACAUCUCUGAAGAAGACACUGUAUAUGACAUCUGUAAUGACGCUGUAGACAUCUCUGAUGAGGACACUGUAGAUAUCUCUAAUGAGGCUCCUGUACAUGACAUCUCUAAUGAGGCUGCUGUAUGUGACAUCUCUAAGGAUGCUGUAAACAUCUCUGAGGCUGCUGUACGUGACAUCUCUAAUGACGCUGUAGACAUCUGUAAUGAGGCUGUUGUACAUGACAUCUCUAAUGAGGACACUAUAGAAGACAUCUCUUAUGAGGACACUGUAUACGACAUCACUAAUGAGGAUGCUGUACGAUACAUCUGUAAAAAAGAAGAUGCUACCAAGGAGUCAUUGACACUGGAGAACGAUUUGAUUGUGGAGAGCAUAUCUGAUGAUGAGGAUUUUGCAGCUCCCUCACUGGACAGGAUAGACUGGGCACCCAGGCCUCAAGAUAACCCUGAGAAAUAUAUUGACUGUCUCCACAGGGCUUAUGAUUUCUUCUCAGGUUUGAAAAAUGCCCCCAGAUGAGCAAGACGGGGCUGCCACAUUGAUGGAGCAGCUGCGGGACACACCCAAGAAACCUCCUGGAGAACACAGGGGACAUUCACAGCUGGAGGCUGCAUCUAUGGCCGGGGUUUUCAUCCAUGAGCUGGGGACUUCAUCCAUGGGCUGAGGACUUCAUCCACUACUGGGGACUUCAUCCAUGACUGGAGACUUCAUCUGCGACUGAGGGCUUCAUCCAUGGGCUGGGGCCUUCAUCCAUGACUGGGGGCCUCAUCCACGGGCUGGGGGCUUCAUCCAUGGGCUGGGGGCUUCAUCCAUGACUGGGGGCUUCAUCCAUGGGCUGGGGGCUUCAUCCAUGACUGGGGGCUUCAUCCACGACUGGAGACUUCAUCCAUAGGCUGGGGGCUUCAUCUACAGCUGGAGACUUCAUCCACAGCAGGGGCUUCAUCCUUGGCUGGUUUGCCUGAUCUGUAUCUGAGCCACAGAUACAGAUUAUUAAACAGAUAAU